AUGCAAGCUAGAAUUGAACAGCAAGAAGAGGAGAUACGGCGACUUAGGCAACGGGAUGCUCCUGUUGAGUUUCCCUCGCAACCGCCUGCUGCGGUUCCUGCAGCCCUUGCGGUGCCAGCUGAGCAACAUGUUGCUGGUAACCGUAUGGAGCAAUUAUAUGAGAGAUUUAGAAAGCAAGCACCUCCAGUAUUCCUGGGAGGUCCUGAUGUUCUUAAAGCUGAACAGUGGUUGACUGUUAUUGAAAGAAUACUGAACUUCAUGGGAGUGGUCGGAAAUGACAGAGUGGCAUGUGCCACAUUUCAAUUUCAGGAAGAUGCAUUGAUUUGGUGGGAAAUGAUAUCCCUUACAAAGGAUGUUGCCAGAAUGACCUGGGAGGAAUUCCGGGAAUUGUUCAAUGCUAAAUACUAUAAUGAGGCAGUCCACAGUGCAAAGCGGAAAGAAUUUGUUGAGCUGGUACAAGGAGAGGGAAUGUCUGUGACUGAAUACACAACCAAGUUUGAUCGCUUGGCUAAGUUAGCCUCUGGAAUUGUACCAACGGAUUUUAGUAAGAAGGAGAAGUACUUGGCUGGAUUGAACGCCAAGAUUAAACAUGACCUGGUUAUUACAACGAAUGAUACCAUAACUUACGCGGAAAUGGUUGAUAAGGCUCUUCGAGCCGAAGGAGCAGUAAAAUUUUUGCAUGAAACCCGAGAGCCUCCUAUUGCUGGUGGGGUUAUUACUACCCCUAGUUCUGGUCCUGGAAAAGAAAGUGGAGAUUCCACUUUUGAACAAAAGAAAAGAACUUUUCCAUCUUCGGGAAGUUCAGGACAAAGUAAAAGGUUUCGAGGAAACCAGAACAAAGGAGGACGUCAGACUUACUCCUAUCCUGAGUGCCCGCGUUGCAAGAAGCAUCACCCCGGGACCUGUAACUGGAGAGCCUACUUUCAGUGUGGUUCGGUGGGACAUCUUAAGAAAGACUGUCCUCAGUUGAAGAAAGAGGAACCAAAGCCUGAGGUCAAACCUGCGCCUGCACCUGCUCGUAAAAUGGUAACUUUUGAACCGGAGAAUGAGGAACCAUUUGUCUUUGUUGGUUCGAUACAAGGUUCUCGUGUUCCAAGAAUCUCAGCAUUGAAAGCUAGGGAUUUACUACGCAGUGGAUGUGUUGGAUUCCUGGCAGUUGUAGUGGAUUCCAGUAAACCUGUGUUACUCGGACCUGAAGAGGUUAAAGUGGUUAAGGAAUUCCUGGAUGUAUUUCCUGAGGAAUUACCUGGGUUACCACCUCAGCGAGAGAUAGAUUUUGUCAUCGAUUUAAUUCCUGGAGCAGAACCUGUGUCAAAGGCACCCUAUCGAAUGGCACCUGCUGAAUUAAAAGAACUGAAGAUACAACUCCAAGGGAUGUUGGAUCUAGGGUUCACUCGGCCUAGUGUGUCACCUUGGGGAGCCCCAGUUCUAUUUGUGAAGAAGAAAGAUGGAACUCUUCGAAUGUGUAUCGAUUAUCGGGAGCUGAAUAAGUUAACCAUUAAGAAUAAAUAUCCCCUGCCUAGAAUUGACGAUUUGUUUGAUCAACUUCAGGGCAAAACGGUAUUCUCUAAGAUUGACUUGAGGUCUGGAUAUCAUCAAUUGAGAAUUCGAGAAGAGGAUAUUCCGAAGACAGCUUUCCGAACCAGGUAUGGUCAUUACGAGUUCCUGGUUAUGUCUUUUGGGUUAACAAAUGCACCGGCAGCCUUUAUGGAUCUCAUGAAUAGGGUAUUCAAAGAUUUCCUCGAUAAUUUUGUAAUUGUAUUAUUCGACGAUAUUCUUGUGUACUCUCGGUCAAAAGCAGAACAUGAGCAACAUCUUCGAAUGGUUCUGCAGCGACUUAGAGAUCAUAAACUCUAUGCAAAGUUCAAAAAGUGUGAGUCUUGGCUGUCACAAGUGUCCUUUUUGGGACAUAUUGUUGGGAAAGACGGGAUUAUGGUAGAUCCGGGAAAGAUUGAGGCGGUGAAAAAUUGGCCUAGACCUAAAACAAUCACUGAAAUUCGAAGUUUUCUCGGUUUAGCGGGUUAUUAUCGACGUUUUGUGGAAGGUUUUUCCAAGAUUGCAAUGCCGUUAUCCGAGUUAACUAGGAAGAACUAG